AUAACAUUAUAAUGGUGUCAAUGUCAUGUGAUAUAGACACACUCACUGCACAUACAAAAUGGCUGCCCUGCCUUAACAACAUGGCUCCUUAGAGACAGACACCUGAAGCCAACACUCUCCAUCUCUGCACUGGUUGGCAGACGGUAAUCGGCAAAAGGAGAAUGUCCGCAGCUCAUUGGCUGAGCCUUACCCUAUCGCUUCGCUGAUUGGAUGGAUUCCUCUAGCUGAGGGCACAGUAAAACCUGUGAGCGCGACAUGUGCUCCUCAUUUAGCCUGGAGCAGCCGAUGGGAGGAGGUCGGGAUCUAUAUCUAGCAAUAGCUGCCUCCUGUACAUGGCAUUAAACACAGGGAAAUGGACAUAUUGACACCAGAUUGCACCAAAAAUAAAAUCAAAGAAGGAUAUUAAAAUCUGGAAACCUCUCCUCACAUCCAUAGCUUUUGAAGUUUAUUUUUAAUAGAAAAUUAUUUGUUAAAAAAAACAAACAAUUAUAUCUUUAUUUUUUGCAAGUUACUAUUUUUCUGCCUUUGAAGUCUUUGGAAUAUUUUCUUGCUAUUUAGUUAUACUGGAAGAAAGUGAGGGGAAAAAAAUAAAACCUUUUUAGAAAACAAAAAAAAAGUUUUAUUAAUUUUUAAAUAACCCAGGAUAUUAUUUUUAUUUGACAUUUUCCCUCUUUUUCUAUAUUGUUUUAUAUUUAACAAGAAAGAAAAAAGCAAGUUUUGUCACAGUAGUUUACCGUUGGUGCUAGAAGAUAAUUGGAAGAGCCUUGUAAAGUCUUCAUAUUGUCUAUACAGAACCUUCUAAAGUUAUGGAUGAAGUCUGGAUUCUUUCUGUGUGCCUCACCUUGUUUGGGUUUUUUAUUUUUGUCCUUUCUACGAAGUCCAAGCCCACACCGGAGCUCGAAAGUAUUGUGAAAAAGCCUUCUCCGGCUGCGGCGUACACCAGUUAUGGAGGCAAACGUCUAGAGAUACAUGAAGAUGAUUUGGAGAAGAUAAUGGCCAGGUUGACGAAUGUAUUGUACGUGCCCGAGGUAAAGAAGAGAGAGGUGCCUCAGGAGAAGAGAAAAACAUCCCCCCGUGAGACAGCAGAAGAAGAUGCCGGGCAUGGAAGGGAUAAUGAAAAUGCCAAUGAAACCCAAGAACCGGUGGGCAACUUGCCAUCGCAGUCCCAGUCUGCCUAUCAGCUGAGCCGUCAUAGGGUUCAGGUAUGGGUCGAGGCCAGACGAUAGUAUGUCCACUCAGCAGUGGCACAGGACCAAUAUCCAGAUUUAGCAACUCUUAAAUUAUAGGUGGAUAGCUACACUGGUGUUUCUCAAUCCACUUCUAAAUACCCAUAAUAGAUUUCUUUUUUUUUUUUGCAAAUUCAGAAAAACAUCCGUAAUAUAACCUUUUAUCCAAAAUUAGCAGGGAUAGCAACAGUUGCCAUCAAGCCAUCAAUAUACCAUACAAUUAUUUGGUAUUACGUUAGCCUCACUGGGUACACAAACCAUGAGGUUUGGCUUCUGUUCUAGUGUAAUUGCCAAAAUCAUGGUUGAGCAAACACUUGCGUUCAGUUAAGCCAUAGAGAUUAACAUUGAAGUGAUGUAAAAUAGAUGUGAUUUUGAAAUGAGUACCUUUAAGUAUUUCACAGAUUAUCUACUAUUUAUCUAACAACACAAAGUGCUAACACCAAGCAACCCUUGAUAUUCAUACUAUAGCUGAGUGAAUGUUAAAUAUGAUUUUUUAUUUAUAUUAAAACUUAAAGGAACACUCCAGGCACCAUAACAACUCCAUCUAAAUUAAUUUGUUAUGGUGCAAGGAGGCCCCCCGGCCUCAUAACGCAAGGGGUUAAACCAUUUGAGAACGAUUUAACCCCAAAGUUGUUUCCAGCGCUGAUGUCUCCCACCCAGGUGGCAUCCAGCUUUUGAAAUGUCACUGUCACAACCAGGAAGGGGCGCCGCUGAUUGGCUGACAGCGGCCAGCUGACGCUCUCAUCGAAUCAGUGACUACUGAGUCAAAAAACUGUAUUGAAAUAGGUACAUUUUUUCCAAGCCAGUUUUGUGUAUGGGGGUUAACUGACUGGCUGAGAGCAUCAGCUGACUGCUCUCUGAAUAUGACAUUUCAGAAGCUGGAUGCCUGGGGUCGGUAAUUUAGGGUUAAACCAUUCUCAAACGCUUUAUCCCCUUGAGGUAUGAGUAUGCUGAGGGCCUACUGGCACCAUAACAACUCCAUAACAUUUAUUUGAAGUUGUUAUGGUUCCUUAAGGUGAUUAAACUGUCCCUUUAAGGACCAGUAAUGGUCCAUCUAUACCAUCAUAACAAUCUAAUGUUUAACCCCGUAAGGACACGUGACAUGUCAUGUUUAUCUUUAUUCCAGAAGUUUGGUCCUUAAGGGGUUAAAAGAACACUCCAGAUCUCUGAAAACACUUUAGCUUGUUAAAGUCGUGAAUGUGUAAAGAGUGCUCUCUUUUCGAAAAGUACAGAUUUUAAUAGAAAAUGGCACUUUUAUAAAUAAACUUUGUUAAACUCCCCUGGCUGUCAAUCAGACAACUGGUCCUAUUACUUCCUGGUUGUUAAGCUCAGUGAAGCUAAACGAGAGAGGCCGCAAUUGCCCAGAGCACCUGCCUUGCAAAGACUUCUAAUGGAGCUGCAUUGGGAAAUCUGUGAUUGGAAAGCUACAGAAAGUCUGGGCGGGGCUAGAAAGGGAGGGCCUGUAAAGGCAGCAGACAGGAGAACUGCAACUUCUGCAAGCUGUUUUUAGAUAUAUCCCCAAUUAAGAAAUCUCCAGUUAAAUGCAUGUAAGUUUUCAUGAGUAGUAUAUCUACUAAGUAGUAUUUUUUGUAUUUAGGCAGUCGAGUGUGCCUUUAAGGAGCCUAUUACAUAAUGGGAUAUGCAGGAUCACACUUGCAGAGGAUUGGGCAAAAAACUUGUGUGGUGCUACCUUAUGUUAGUUGGACAUUGGUCACUGAUGAUCCAGUGGUUGCAGUGCAAAGUGUGGUCACUACUGAUAAUCUAACACCUCGCCACCUGGCUGCUCACGUGAACAGGAUGGUUAUCUGGUUGGUCGGUGAUAGGCUGAGAGCAUCAAUCCAUCACUGCCAGCCAUUGAGAGUAAUAGUAUGUGCAGUAAUACAAAUGUAGCCCAAUGACGUGAUUGUGGGGUAUAUAUGUUCCUUGGAAGCUUUGCAAAUGAAAACAAUGCUGUUUCUGAGAAACUCCAUUGUGUAUAUUUUGCUCUUUCCACCCCUGGUAGUCCCAGUUAGAUUCAGUAAAUGAAUGGAUUUGACAUCCCAUUUCAGGAUGUAAAAUAUUGACAAAAAAGCACUAGACUGGCAAGUGCACAACCAUGUGUCUUCAUUACUCUUCUGUAAGAAGCUUAUGAUUGAACACGGAUCAUCAAGCUUGGUGAUCUCUCCAGAGGAGACCUGGCUACAGUGCGGAUACUUGAAUAAAGGUACAUUUAAUUGUAUUUUUAAGUUAACUUAUUUUAAAAAUGGACCCAGUAAUCUAAAGCAGUUAAAGGGACACUAUGGGCACCCAGAUCACUUCGGCUAAUUGAAGUGGUCUGGGUGCAGUGUCCCUGUCCCCCUUAUUUCUGCAAUGUAAAACAUUGCAGUUCCAGAGAAACAGCAGUGUUUACAUUGCAGCACUAAGACAUUCUCUAGUGGCUGUCUACCAGACAGCCACUAGAGGCGCUUCCGGGAUCUUACUGGACUAUAGGUCCCCUUAGUAACACUGGAUGUCCUGAUGCUCUGCAUGAGGACAUCCAGUGUCAGUAAAAUAUCCAUAGGAAAGCAUUGAGUCAAUCCUAUCCUAUGGGGAGGGCCAAAUGCCGCGCAAUGUAGCUUGUAAAUGCUGAAUUGCAGAGGAAGUAAGUAUACAUAUCUCAGAAUUGUCUUUAUUUAGGAAGGGCAGUCUUUAUUUUAGACCGAAAUUCCUUUGUCCCUCUUUUCUAGGAGCUCCAUAUUGUUGGUGUGUCUCCACAGCAGUAACGUGUCUUUAAACUACAGUAAAUGUGUUUAGAAAUCAGUCUGUUAAAAAGUUACCUUGUCAUUGUCCUAAAUUACCUUUAAAGCUCAUAAAUUGUUAUUAGUAAGUCAGCUAAGGCCCCGGCCACAGCUCCACUCACACCCCUAAACUUAAAGUGCCCCUCUUUGUACACAGCAGUAUUCAACUCAGUAAACAGUAGUGUCUUUGGUAGUCCUAGUUAGGUUAGAUUAGGAGUGACCUUGGAUUAGUGGUUAGAUCAGCGGUUCCCAAACUGUGUGCUGCAGGUUAGAGCUCCCCUGGGUCCUCUCUACCUCCCUCUCCCCUGCCGGCUCUGCAGGACUUCAGGGGAGAUCAGAGAUCUCCCUCUCCGGUCCGCUAGCAGUGUAAUGCCGGCAGGGGAGGGAGGGAGAGAGGACCCAGGGAGCUCUAACGUGCAGCUAUGCUGGGUUCUCCUCUCGCGUGCUUGGAGUGUUGCCGCGGUUACCGUGGCAACGAUCCGUAUCUCGUGAGAGUUCACUCUCACCACUAGGACUGCCAGGGCUUCACCAUCGGACCACCAGGGAUUGUCUUGCACUGUCCCCUCUCCAAAGGCAAAGGUAAGCAGGGAGGGGGAUAUGAAUCUGCCCCACAUGCACACAUAAACUGCCCCACAUACACACACAUUGCACCCAUCACGCACACACUCUACAUCAUUCACAAACACAGUGCACCCCCGUACACUCACUGCACCCAUAACACGCAGACACUGCAACCCUCACACACACACACACAUAUUGCACCCCUCACACACACUACUGCCCGUAUCCCCUACUACAGCCCCUAUCCCGGCAGAUCCCAGGUAAGUUGUCAGACUGUUCUUAAACAAUUUUACUACUUACUCUGGGAGGGCACUAUUGGCACCAUAACCACUACAAAGUGUUGUAGUGGUUAUUGUGCCUGGAUUGUUUCUUUAAAUAAUCUUCCAGUGCCCCUCCCAAGAUUAGGUUCUGGAUCUGCGCUUAGACAGCAAGCAUCUCGAACAGGGGCCCAGUAUAUGCCGCUGCGCUGUACAUAUAUACAACCUAGAAAAUUGUUUUGACUUGGGACGCCUUGGUAAAAUAUUGAAAUAUUAAGGGCGCCUUGAACCUAAAAAGUUUGGGAACCACUGGUUUACAUAGUUUAAGAAGUGAAAAGUAGUAAGCCUUGUAGGAUUUAGGACUGUAACAUUUUCUCUAAAAGUAUUUUCUCAUCAAUUAUGGGCAUAUAAGGCCUAUGUUGUAUAUAUUUUGUAAUACAUAUGGAAUUCAUGAAUAAUCUAUUGCAUGCAAUUCAUAUUUUGUGUGCGACUGUGCACAGGCUAAUUUGCUUUUAUGCAGUUUUAAAUAGAUACUCUGGGCAUCAACACAUUCAUUGCAAUCUGUAUUCUUCCACUUAUUGAUAAAAAGACGCAUUUUCUAGCGCUGCUCAAAAUUUACAUUUGGUAGAGAGUGAAGCCAUUAGAAAUCCAUACCUGCCAAUCAUUCCCACUGUUUUGUUUAGGAUUUUCUGUUUUAAGAAAUAAUAAAUACCUAUACUCUUUAAGCCCAACCUAAACCUGUCUUGAAUAUGUUUUACAUUUUUGGAAAGACAUUUAAAAUGAUUAAAAAUAUCAAAAUAUGGGGGCGGGGCCUGACCAUCAUGGCGGAGAGUCGUGUUUUCCAUGAGCUCCCACAAAAUCCUGACAAAACAAGCGAAAAUCUGCUCACCCAAGCAACACAAACUUCAUUUCUAGGCACCCACAUGCCACCCACGAUGGAGGGCACACAAUGGGCUCUUACGCGACUUGAUUGGGGCCAGAUGAAAUCACGACCGACACUGAGGCCUGGUCUGCAUCGGGCGAGGGAGGCGGCCGCUCCCCUGUCCUGUAGGCACCCUGAAGCUGCCCACCGCACAAGCAAGCCCUGCUACCCCCCCCUCGGACCGGUGGGGGUGUUCCCGGUCCACCCUGGGGUGGCGACCCUGAGCAUGAUGAGAAGGGGAACGACGCCAAAGACAGUAAACGGAGACCUCCUUAAGAUGGUGGACACAACAUGUGCUUACAACCCCAGUGACACCUCACAAGAUAGCCUCACUCGAAUAAACAACCACUUCGAGGCAUUCUGGAGGAAGCUGGCGGGUAAGCUAAUUCAACCUGCCUCACCACGACCACCCACUUCUACAAGGCGGGCAUCACUCACCCACUCCCAUCAAGCGAACCGGCACCCGCGCGGCCGCCAAACGCCCUCACUCACCCAAGCAGGGCGCCAAUGCAAGCCUGCCUUCCCGCCCCACCGUCGAUCCGGCAAAGACCGACACCGCGCUCCACACAGUCAGAAGAGGCACAUAUUGCAGCGACACCUACGGACACGAAGAGGACCCUCUGGGCCUAGACCGGCUCACGGUCUGUGCUACUCGACGGCAGACAGGGCAUGGAAGUGCGGAGAACCUCGGUGCAUGAGGCACACGGGCAAGCAGAAGGCUUCCCAGAUGGGACUCAUCUCACCUCAGAAGGGAGUGACACUAGACCGGGAGUGGAGACGGUGAGGCACAGGGCCCAACAUGGCGGCAACACCAGGUCAACCCAACAACGUCCCACAACCACAACACGGGGCGCCCCCUGAGCACAAGCUGCGACCAAGACCAAGACUCACAAAGGCACCAGAGUGGGACUGUGGCAUACCUCUUGCAGGGGUUGGCUGACCAGGACUCUUAAUAUUACAGAUGAGUCAAUCACUCCAUGCCUCAUGUAGUCUCUAUCUGCAAAUGUUGAAGUUUUUAUUGUUUUUCCUUGACAUUUGGUGUUACUCAUACUUUUAUGUUAUGUUUUACAAUUAACUGUUUAGGCCACUUCUCCAUGCUAGCGAUGAGGGCACACCUCACUGAGGACACCAAUACUGGGGCCCUCCCUCCUAGUGGUAAACUCUCUACCCCAUAGCUACGCCAACCAGCUGUCCUUUGCAGCGGGUAUUUUGGUGGCAAUCCAAGAGCUGCGCUGGCACCUGAAAACACAAUACAUUUCACUAAACUUGAACACGCCAACUAACCCACUGUAAUGAUUCAACCUUAACUAACAACACUAGCUUAACCAUGUACCAACAGGUAGCAAAGCACACCUUUUUCAUAUGCUGUAGGGCUAUGUGUAACAACGUUGAAAUGAACCAUAACUCAAUCUACAUAACCCACCAUAGCAGCUUCAGACUUAGCCUGUUCUUAUACUCAGUAUUAACUAAAAAUGUGCAACGUUAAUAAGCUAUACAACUGUUUUUUCUAUGUCUAUGUCUAGCCUACACCGGCUGUCGUGGCUAUGCAAGCAUACAUGUAUACUAUAUGCACUACUAAAAUAAAGAAUUUAAAAAAAAAAUAAAAAAAAAUAAAAAAAUAUAAAGAAUAGAAAAAAUAGAUCAAUAUAUCGAAAAAUAUCAAAAUAUUUUUCAAAAUAUUAAACAAUUAAUAAUAAAGUAUUAGAUCAUUUAAAAAAGCUUAUCCAAAAAUGUGAAUCGGUGGGCAACUUUGCGUGGAAAGAAGGGUUAUAUCUCAGUCAGUGUAUUGAAUUCAAGUGAAUAGACUUUAUUUUCUUUACUUAAAAUAUGGCAUGAUCCACCGGGUAAGUACUGCGUGAUGUGAUAAAUGGAACGUCCCCUGAAGAGGUGCUAAUUAGACACGAAACACGAUAGCGUCUCACUCGGUACUCCGCAUUGUUAGAUUAUGCCGCAUUUUAUAUGCAUAUCUACCCGAACGCUGCCUUAUAUUCCAUAUAUUUUGUAAAGUAUGAAUUGUGGUACACAAACACCGGUUACAUAAGUUUGUGUUUACCAUGAGAAUACAUAAAUACAUACUGCUCGGGCAUAUUGAACUGAGUCAUGGAGUUAUCUCUCAGUAUAGCUGAUCGAGAACAUUCUCCUGUAUAAGUGUCAGAGCAGCUGUCAGACCCAGUUGACCUUGCGGAGGGUAAUGUCAAACAUAUUCUUACUGAAAUCUAUCUGAUACCUCAUCAAUUGCCUGUCCAGCAAUCUAUUUAAAAGGGCACUGCAAUUUACACACCAUUGGCCAUAAAAUACCAACACUAAACAAAUGACGCAAUAUUUAUUUAUUUUUAACAAUGUUUUUAUGGCUGAAAUUAAGGCUAUGAUUAGGCAUCAAUAUGGGCUAAAGUACAAAUAUGGAACAAUCCCUACUGAAAUUAUCAGGCUCCUGUGAUGAUGUUUGAAAUAUGCGUUAAUCACUAUGAAAACCAAUGGAAUAAUCCUCUUCUUUGCAAAGUGAAGCUAAUACCGAGGUAACCAGCGGAGUUGUCCUGUUGAUGGCAAAGCUCCAAAAGUGUGAGUAGUCACCAUUGAAACCAAUGGGAUGUUUAUGUCAGUGACAGUGUUCUUAGAGUAAGCAGUACCUAUGGAAACCAAUGGAAUAUUCCAAGAGUGCGUCAAUCACUAUGAAAUACUACUGCUGAUGGUAACAUUCUAAAAGGGGAGUAACUGCUGUGGAAACCAAUGGACUAUUCCAAGAGUGCGUCAAUCACUAUGAAAUACUACUGCUGAUGGUAACAUUAUAAAAGGGGAGGAACUGCUGUGGAAACCAAUGGACUAUUCCAAGAGUGCGUCAAUCACUAUGAAAUACUACUGCUGAUGGUAACAUUCUAAAAGGGGAGUAACUGCUGUGGAAACCAAUGGAAUAUUCCAAGAGUGUGUCCAUCACUAUGAAAUACUACUCUAAAAGGGGACAUUCUAAAAGGGGAGUAACUGCUGUGGAAACCAAUGGAAUAUUCCAAGAGUGCGUCAAUCACUAUGAAAUACUACUGCUGAUGGUAACAUUCUAAAAGGGGAGUAACUGCUGUGGAAACCAAUGGAAUAUUCCAAGAGUGCGUCAAUCACUAUGAAAUACUACUGCUGAUGGUAACAUUCUAAAAGGGGAGUAACUGCUGUGGAAACCAAUGGAAUAUUCCAAGAGUGUGUCCAUCACUAUGAAAUACUACUCUAAAAGGGGACAUUCUAAAAGGGGAGUAACUGCUGUGGAAACCAAUGGAAUAUUCCAAGAGUGCGUCAAUCACUAUGAAAUACUACUGCUGAUGGUAACAUUCUAAAAGGGGAGUAAUUGCUGUGGAAACCAAUGGAAUAUUCCAAGAGUGCGUCAAUCACUAUGAAAUACUACUGCUGAUGGUAACAUUCUAAAAGGGGAGUAACUGCUGUGGAAAACAAUGGAAUAUUCCAAGAGUGCGUCAAUCACUAUGAAAUCUACUGCUGAUGGUAACAUUAUAAAAGGGGAGUAACUGGUGUGGAAACCAAUGGAAUAUUCCAAGAGUGCGUCAAUCACUAUGAAAUACUACUGCUGAUGGUAACAUUCUAAAAGGGGAGUAAUUGCUGUGGAAACCAAUGGAAUAUUCCAAGAGUGCGUCAAUCACUAUGAAAUACUACUGCUGAUGGUAACAUUCUAAAAGGGGAGUAACUGCUGUGGAAACCAAUGGAAUAUUCCAAGAGUGUGUCAAUCACUAUGAAAUCCUACUACUAAUGGUAACAUUCUAAAAGGGGAGGAGCUGCUGUGGAAACCUUAGAAACAAUGGAAUAUUUCCACUGGUGGCAGAGUUCUAAAAGUCAAGUAAUCACCACGGAAACCGGUGGAUGGUUCCUUUUGGUUGCUUCACUUACAUAGCAUUAAAAUCUUCAUUUUAUAUAAAUUCUUCAUGAGAUGGACUAGCCCCUGAGGAAAUGUACUUCAUACUCUAUAGAGUGUAUCAUUAAAUUAACAAUAACUCAUAUAUUUUAAUGACUCAAUAGGGACCUCUCUAUGUAUGACUAAACGUAGGUUGUCCUUUCUUGGUGUUGUGUCAUUAUUUGCUAAAUUUGAGCAGCACUAUCUGCGGUCAACUACCCAACAGGUGUUCUUGAUUAAAAUAAAAAUAAUCAGUCAUUGCUAUUUAAUUUAUUUUUUACAUUUAGUAAAAAGAUAUCACCUACCCUGUGCUGCCUUGUCUCAAACCCUGCUUUGAAGACCAAAGCUAAUUUACCAUUAGGUGUCAAGAAAAGCUACAGCAUGUUUUCCUUAGUCCAAAGGUGUAGCACCGACACUCAAAUUUUAAUAUCAUAAGUAUUUACCUUAUCUAUAUCGGAUAACAUAAAUUUGAACUUACUCCUUCAGCUGGCAGGAUAUGAAAUGCCUGGAGGAAUAAAAUGUAUUGGUUAAAGUCAUGUAUCUAAAGAUCAGUAGGAUAUAAUUAGGCACAGGCCCUCCUAGGAAUGCUUCACCAUCUUGCUGUGAUCCAAAAACACUAAACCAGAUAUGCUAACAGCUCAAGUACGACAAAUCCUACCAGUGCUUGCAGAUAGCAUAGGUUAGAGAAAAUAGCUGAAGUUUAUAAUGCGUUAUUAGGGGGCUUGGAAUAACCGUGAUCUUCGGGUUAUUUUCAGUGGCAGUGCUGCAGUGUGUUUAUGUACUUUAGCAGUUGUGAGUAGUUCUACAUACGAUUCGACAUUCUUGUGAUGUAGCAUUAAUCAUGUUUUUUUCAUAAAUUAUGCAACUCCUAGUGCUCUUUAAGUGCCAUGCAUGACCUGCCUUCCUUGGUUAGUAAUUCAGUGGAAUUGAGAAUUUCAUACAAAUUUUGUUUUCCUCCAUAGACUGACACGUGUUCGUAUCAGGCGUAAAGGAACACUAUGGUCUGGUUGCCAUGUGCUCCCCAUUUUAACCCUGCAGUUGAAAACAUUGCAGUUCUACUGGAACGGUAAUAUUUCCUUUGCCAAAUAGCAGAGUAAAACCCUGCUAAUUCAGUCAGAAUUGACUGCUCACUAGCCUACCAGUGCUUUCCUAUGGAAAAGCAUUUGAUUGGCUGAGAUCAUCGAACUCUAUAAUCUAAGCCAAAGAGGCAGAGCUUGAGCAAGACAACUGGCGUGGUGAGGGAAAUAGGUAAAUAAAAUACAUAUUCUAAUCCUGCCAGCACUGGUACAGUCACCUAAAAGGUGACUAGGGUACUAGAGCAUUAGCAAUACAUUUUUGUUUUCCUAAUGUUAUAGUGUUCUUUAAAAUUGUAGUAUAGAUGUUAUUGUACAGUGGGUAAAAAGAAAUUAACACCACCAGGAAGUACUUUUGCAGGUUACCACCAUGAAGGGUAUUCACCAAACACCAAACCUGGGACUAUAGCUCAGUUGAAGAAUUUUACAAAGUUUUAGCUUUUUAAUUGAAAUGGCGGUGUUUAGUGAAUUAUUCUGUGUAUAUAUAGGAAUGGCCUCUCACUAUAGAAAAAUCUGCCAAAUAGCUUGUUUCAUUUACUGAGAUCCAAAGUCCUGCAUUACACUCUAAUAAGGUUGGAUUUAUUUUUACAUUACGCAGUUUGUAUCCUGCCAGAAUUAAUACUAACUACUUAAAUUGACACUCUGGGCACCAUAACAACUUAAUCAAAAUGGCUUAAUGGAAUAGUUUAACCCCCAAGUCUGUGUUUCCAGUGCCUAAUCUCUCUGCCUUUCGUUUUCUCAAAAUAUUUAAACCAAAAGGCUCUUGCAGAAAUGGACAGCGGCCGCUCGAGAACCAGUGGUUCCCAAACCUUUUAUGUUCAAGGCGCCCUUAAUAUUUCAGUAUUUUUCCAAGGCACUCUAAUUUCUAGGUUGUAUAUCUGCACAGCGCUGCGGCUUUUAAGGACACUACAGUAUAAUGUACAGUGUUGGUGUUUGAAGGGGUGCUUGUAUAUAGUUAUUGUGUUUUAAUACAGAGGUGUGUUUGUAUGUAUUGUUUUUGCUUGAUUGCAGGGAUAUGUCUGAAUAUAAUGUUCACUUUUAAAUGCGGAUGUACAUUUGUGUGAAGCAUUUGUUUGAGUGAAGGGGUGUGUUUGUAUAUUUUUUUUUAGUUUGAAUGCAGCGGUGUGUUUGUAUGUAUUAUUUGUGUUAGAUUGCAGGAGUGUGCGUGUAUGUUGUGCAGGUGUUUGACUGCUUGGAUAUAUGCACAUAUACCAGCACAUACACCAGCACAUACAUACUUUCUUACACAGAUAUUCAUGCACAUUAACACACAGAUGCAUAUAAAUACAUGACACACAAAUUCAUAUAGACACCGACACAUACACACAUAUAGAUACACACAGACACAUAUAGAUACACACAGACACAUACACACACACACACAUAGAUACACACAUACACCCUGACACACACAAACAUUGAUUCAUGCCCACACCAUAAAACAGAUACACACACUGGCAAAAAAAAUACACACCCUGACACACAAAUGCACAUACACAGAUAUGUGAGCAGACACAGAAGCACACUGACAUAUAUAUAUAUAUAUAUAUAUAUAUACACACAGAUGCACACCCUGACACACACACAGUCACAAACACCAUGAAACACAAUCAUACUCACACACACACACACAUUCACAAACACCCUGACACACUCAUACUCAUUCACACACACACAUGUACUCAUACAUACAAACACUCAUACACAUACUCACACACAGACUCAGACUCAAACACACUUACACUCACACACACACUCAUACACAUACACACUCAUACUCACACACACUCAAACUCAUACAAGUGAUUUAUUUUAAUAUCUCCAGCCACGCUCCUGUUAGCUUACCUUAUGUGCCAGGAGGGUGGCUUGGAGUCCUGCUGCUGUGGGAGUGAGGAGUCUGGAGCUCUUCGUGCUCCUCUCCCCUGACGCCGCGCCUGCCUCCUCCCGCACUGUCUCCCUGCAGGAUGCUGGGAGGAAGUGACAGGCUGUCACUUCCUCCCAGCCGGCCGACAUUACAAGGACCCGGUCGCGGUUUUAAAGGAUCGUGGCACCAAACCGGGCCCCUGUUCAGCAGUAAACAUUCCGCGGCACACGUUGCGGCACACAGUUUGGGAACCGCUGGUUUAACCCCUCAAGGUAAGCCAGCACCAUGGACCUUCUGGUACCAUCACAACUUCAUUUUAAUGGACUUGUUAUGGUACCCGGAAUGUUCCUGAAAAGGAACACUUUGAUGUUAGGAAUACAAAUAGGUAUUACCAAAACCAUAGUGCUCUAGUCACCAUUUGCAAGGGUUAAAAAAAGGUAUUUUACUUACCUUUUUCGCCUCGUUGAAGCUUUGCAAUCAAGGCUCCGGUAAGAAAGCAUUGGGUUGCUAGUUCGCAUGGGCAAACUCUGAAUCUUCCAGACUUCCGAAUGCAGCUCAAUGAUAAGUCUUUGUAAGUCAGGUGCUCUGAGCAAUUGCUGCCUCUUGAGGCCAGCUGCGUUGAGCAAUUGAAACCAGGAAGUAAUGUUACCUGUUGUCUGUUUGAAAGCUAAGGGGGUGUAACCAGAUUUAUUGAUAAAAGUGGCAAUUUCUAUUGAAAUCUGCAGUUUUUGCAAAAUGAAAAAAAAAGAGAACACAAUCUUCACACAUAAAGCUUUUCGGCAAGCUAAAGUUGUUUAGGGGUCUGGAAUGUCCCUUUAAAACUGGGGGUGUGCGGUACAUGGCACUCAUACAACUUCCCUGGUAUGAAGUGGUCUGGGUGAUUAUAGUGUUUCUGUAAUACGCCCUGGCCUAUUGGGAUGAUUUUUUAAAAUUAAAAUAAACAUUAUUUCCAUUUCUGCCUAAAAAAAAACCCUCAAAACUUUAUAUUUUUGUGGUAAGUUAAUAUGUGAGAUAUGGAACCAGUUGUGAGCCUGCAUUAACAUCAUAGGAUCAAACUGGUUAAUGACAAUAAACAAAUACCAAGCAAAACGCAUUAUUACGCAAAGGCUUGUAAUCUAACACUACAAUUUCUUGUUUUUAGGAAAUGUCAUCUCCAUCUGAUGGUGUGGAGAAUAUCAUGGAUGAGAUUGGUGAGUUCUGAAGAUGUAAAGAGCAAGACUGUUUGCCAAACAUGCUGAUUAGCCAGGGCUGUGUUUGACUUGUGCUGGCUCUGCCCCUGAUCUGCCUCAUUGACAGUCUGAGCCAAUCCUAUGGUGAAGCAUUGUGAUUGGCUCAGACCACCUCUUCUGAUGAUGUCAGUAGGUAGAUGCAGCUCAGGGGCUGAAUCAGCAGCUUCAGAGUUGAAUACAAGUAAGAUUUUACUAUAUUUAGUGAGGCAAGAGGGUGCCAGAGGGGCUAGAUGGUGGCUUUAACACGAUAGGGUCGGGAAUACAUGUUUAAUCAGGAAGGAAACAUUGAGAUCUCUUUUGUUUUUCUUGAACAGGGGGAGCGCAUUCAAAUACAAUGCACAUAUAUUGGCAAAGUGAUAAUUCUUUUAAUAAAUACAGUUUAGAUGGUGGUUCAUCAUGGGGAGAUUUACACAGAAUUUAUUUCUGACCUAAUCAUCAACUGUUUGCUAAAGGAUAGUUUUCCAUAUAUAAGUCAAUUUAGAUAUUAUUAUCCUAUGUAUUCAGAUACUUGUGACUAUAGCCAGAUUGUAGUUAAUUUGCCAUAAGCGGCCCGAUCCUCCUUCUCCUACAGAGCGCCGCAAUUGUGGAACGAACUCCCGCACAAUUUAAAAUCUUCCCUAAGCCUAAAGUCAUUUAAGAGAUCCCUCUCUACAUACCUCAAAACAGAAUGCACAUGUCAUGGUUGAUUAUAUAUUUCCUGCCUGUUCUAUGUUAAAUUUUGUAUACAUUGUGUAUUAAUAAUGUUUUUGUAUUUUGUUGUACCUAAUGUAACAAUGCAAUGAUUUGUGGACCCAGGACAUACUUGAAAACGAGAGAAAUCUCAAUGUAUCUUUCCUGGUAAAAUAUUUUAUAAAUAAAUAAUAAAAUAAAUAAAUAAAUAAUGCUUAAUUGGGGAUUAGUUAGUUAAGCAAUUUUGACAUUGUUUAAUAAUUCCUUGGAAACAGUUUUGCUAGUAUACUUAUUUUUAGCAAUCCACCUUUCAACAUCUUUCCUGUAACACAGCCUCAAGUUGCGUUAAGUCUGGUUUCUUGCAUAGGUGAUUGCACCAUCUGCAAUACAUGUGCACAGUUGGUGUUUUAAUUACACAGUGGGAAGGCCAUUAAUAAAUAUGGAGAAUCGAAAGGGGACAAUAAUUGAACCUUGGAGGACUACAUGUAACUUUUAGUGAAGUUGAAGAAUCUGUCAGCAAUGGAUGCAAAUCGAGCCCUCUUAGAAGAGGCAAUAACAUCUGUGCUAUUAGGACAAAAAGCAAGAUUGAAAGUUGGACUGCUAAGUCAUACCAGCAUAAUUGGCUAUGGACACAUUUUCCAAGAACUGUACUGGGAGUGAAGAUACCUCUAUAGUUGGACGUUAAAUUGGAGUCACUAUCAUUAUUAGUGAUGUCUCGAACGGUUUGCCGCGAACGGUUCGCCGCGGACUCAUCAUUGAGUAAACUUUGACCCUGUACCUCACAGUCAGCAGACACAUUCCAGCCAAUCAGCAGCAGACCCUCCUUCCCAGACCCUCCCCCCUCCUGGACAGCAUCCAUUUUACAUUAAUUGUGAAGCUGCAUUCUUAGUGAGCUGUCCAGGAGGUGGGAGGGUCUGCUGCUGAUUGGCUGGAAUGUGUCUGCAGACUGUGAGGUACAGGGUCAAAGUUUACUCAAUGAUGAGUCCGCGGCGAACCGUUCGGCGAACCGUUCAGGACAUCACUAAUCAUUAUAGAUAGAAAUGGUAUUUAAUUUCAAUGUUAAAGUGUUUCUGUCACCUUCCAGUAUUCCAGAAAAUUAAAGUAGGUCCAGGUGAAUUUAACAACGUUUCAAUCACCAUCUGUGACCUUUAUCAAAUCAGAAUUAUUUUUGACGACCCCUGAUGGUGACAUUGCUGCUUGGUGGGUUGUGGCCUGGGGGUGCAGUAGAGGUGAGUUAUACUUAUCUGAUGCUGUCCUCCUUGGGCCCCACUAUCUUUGGUCUUCAGCUCCUGAUGCUCCAACCACCAAGAGUCCAUGCCAUCAGUGAAGUUACACAAAAUGCUUUUGCUACGUCCAAGGAGUGCUAAAAUACAGAUUUUCCUAUUUUAUACUGUAAACGUGUGGGUUGGAGUGAUUUAAAAAGGUUGCAUGUUUUUCUUUUUAAUUAUUGCAGUUUCUCUGAAACUGCAAUGUUUUGCAUUGCAUGACUAAAGGGACAGGGACACUGAACCCAGACCACUUUAGUGAGAUGAAGUAGUUUGGGUGCCUGUAGUGUCCCUUUAAACCUUUUCCAUUAUUGAUAGACUGCUACCAUGGACAAUUACCUAAGUUAUAAAAAAAAAAGAUAUUGCAUUUCUUAAAUGAUCUAAUAGUUAUGAUAUUGGGAGGUACCUUGAUGGGUCUUAAGUUCCAAACACAGUACACAUGGGCGUUGCCACGGACUGCAUGAGACAGUAUUCAUGCUUCCUCAGUUACACCCAGGCUGAUGAGAGAAUCCAGCUCAGAGUAUAGUGAUCGGGGUUUGCCAUUAUAUGGUAAUAAUUGCAGUUGAUAAAAGAGAGGCCUUUACUAAAGGGGACGUGGAAUUGUUACAGAUACAGGGACAGAGUUGGUUUAUUUAACAUGGCAAGAAGUAAAAUUAAUAGGAAUCUAGUAACUGAACGGGUUUCCUUUGUUUAUGAAUGGAGAGUAAUCAGUGGUUGUAUUGGUGCAUUGGGGAGCUAGUUUUUAACACUGUCCACCAACACUCAACAUGUAUGCAGCAGAUCAUGGGGGAUUUGGAUACUUUGCUACAGCUGGGGCUAAGGUGAGAGCAGUGAAUGAGAAAAUGUAUUGGGUGCAGGGAUAAUGCAAUUAAAAAGAAAUAGUACAUUUUAAUAUGCAUCACUGGAUUUGGCACAUUCAUUUGUAUAUUGGUAGAGGACGUUCAAAUACAAAACAUGAAUGAGUUUACAUUAUAAAAUAGUUAAUAUUAGCCUUACAUAUAAGGUGCUGUUUCAUCCUAUGCUCCUCAGUGCUGUCUGACCCCUUUGAAUCUGUCUUGCAACAUUGAUUAGUAGGAUAAAAAUGAAUGUAUUUUCAGACCAUGGGAGCUUCUCACAAAUCCCUCAUAAUGAGUACUAGGAAAAAUGUCCAUUUAGAAGAACACAAAUGUGUAUAUUUCUCCUUUGGGACAGGAGUUUAGGAAUACCACACUAAUCACCCAAAUGUGAGCUUUUAGUUAGUAUAGUAUGGUUAGACUGAGCUAACCAUACUAUACUAACUCUAACUAUUAACUCUGAUGCCCAUCAUUGCGGCAUUGGGUACAGUCCGGUACAAUCGCUUUAAUGAUGCUGUUUAUAACAGUGAAUCCCAUUGAAGCAGCAUUAAAUUGGGGGUUGUUGUGGGACCCACGUUUACAUUUUAUUAAAUAGCUCCAUUACAGUGUCACUAAAACAAUGCUAUAUUUCAAAAUAUUCCAUUACAUUGUUUGUUUUUAAAUAGAUAUGUAGGAAGAUGAUGGAAACGUUUUGUACAACCUCGACAGGUGUUCUAUUGAGCGAUGUAAUAAUAUGUACUCCCCAGGAAUAGGCAGUGCUUUCUGAAAGCAGUCCUGCUUCCUUACCUUGCAGAUGACAAUUACAGGGAAUUUGUAUUUAAAGGGACACUAUAGUCAUCAGAACAACUACAGCUUAUUGUAUUUGUUCUGUUGAAUAUAAUAAUUCUAUUCAGGCUUUUUGCAGUAAACACUGUCUUUUCAGAGAAAAUGCAGUGUUUACAUUACAGCCUAGUGAUCACUUCACUGGCCACUCCUCAGAUGAAUACUAGAGAUGCUUCCUGUGGCAGUGCUGCAAACUGUGCAGGAGUGACAUUCACUGUCUCCACCCUCCACAUGCAGACACUGCACUUUCCUCAUAAAGAUUUAUUGAUUUAAUUGCUGAUUGGCCAGGGUUGUGUUUGACUUGUCCAUGCUCUGCCCCUGAUCUGCCACUUAGACAGUUUCAGCCAACCCUAUGUGAAAGCACUGCGAUUGGCUCAGAACACUACUUCUGAUUAUGUCAGCCAAGCAGGCAGAUCAGGAGCAGAGCCAGCAGCAGCAGACUGGAAUAAAAGUAAGAUUUUGCUAUAUUUAGGGGGGCAAGUGGGGGCCAGAAGGGCUAGAUGGUGGUUUUUAAAACUAUAGGUCAGGAAUACAUGUUUGUUCCUGAUCCUAUAGUGUUCCUUUAAUGCAGUACAUGUGAUGUUCUCCUGACACUGUACAGGAAAUGUAAGAUAACAUACACAACAUUGCUGACAUGUUGGAAGAGCAUGGUUUCAUUCCAAAUACCCUUCAUAUGUGAAGUAUUUGCCUGCACUUUGCUCUGUUUGCUUUAUCAUCAGAGGAAUGUGAUUGCUAACCUGGUGGAAGAGGACAUUAGGUAUGAGAGUCAUACACUUGAUUUCUUUCCACAGAACAAGCUGUGCAGGAGACAGUGGAGCCAGAUUACUAUAGCAGGCGCCGGCAGCACCAAACUGGAUCUCGGAGACAAUGGCAAGUACAAUAAUCUAUGUAGCUUCUCACAGAAAAUCUUGCUUCUGAUAAAGAUAUGAAUUGGCCACGUUUGAUCUAGUUUCCAGUUCAUGUAACUAUGGAAAGUGGGACAAGUUUAUAUCUAAUGCAUACUGUUGGUCAGCAUGUAGGCCACCCUCCUGUAGAGGACAUUCAUGCUUUAAAGGGACACCAUGGUCACCAAGACAACUUAAGCUUAAUAAAGCAGUUUUUGUGUAUAUAUCAUGCCUCUGUGUAUACAUCAAUUAUCUGUCAUUUAGAAGUUAAAAGAACACUCCAGGCACCAUAACAACUUUAUCUAGGUGAAGAAACUUAACUUUUCCAAGCCAGUUUUGUGAAUGGAGAGUCAAUGAUUGGCUAGGAGCGUCAGCUAACCGCUCUCAGCCAGUCAGCAGUGGUCCAGUUCUGCUGCACUCCGUGCUUCCUGAAGUUGACAUUUCAGCGUCGAUCUCAACCAUGUGGGGAGAGUUGAGAUCGACGCUGGAGGCAACUUUGGGGUGAAAACAUUCGAGAACGGUUUAACCCCUUUGAGGUAAGAGGGUGCCUGGUGGCCUCCUGGCACCAUAACAACUUCAUUUAUAUGAAGUUCUUAAGGUGCCUAAACUGUCCCUUUAAAUCACUUUUUUUUCUGUUUAUGUAUUAUAUCCUGUUUUGUAAUAAUUGUAAUAUAUCCUAAAAUAAACAGAAGUAGCAAUAUAGGAAGUAUAAACAUUAGAUCUCACUUUUCAGGAAGUGUUUAUGCAGGCUGUGCACGUUAUAUGCAGAGGUGUGACUAGGGCUGUAUACACAAAGGGAUUAAACUCCUAAAUGGCAAAUAAUUUAGAAAUUGUGAAGCCUCAAUUAGUAACACUGUUUGUGUACAGCCAAUCAGCAUGUAGAAUUGAUAUGUGCCCAAGAAUAUAUAGUGGAUCUGGAACCAAAAGAAAAUUUGGUUCUCAAAGUGUUAAAUUGUGAUUGACUAGAAGAGUUAUUACUGUUCAAAUAAUUUUGUAGAUUUAUGUUUCCUACGUUGUGACUCUUUUAUAAUGAGAUCUUAACUACUACAUUCCAGUUGCAAUUAGUAAUGUUGUCUGUAGGCAGGAGAAGCUUUGUAUUUAUUAUCCCCUAAUAAGAAUACUAAACCCUCAUGGGACAUCGCACCUCUCCGUAUACCAUUCAUUAACUGAAGUUUGUUUGGAUGGCAGGUCUGAGAUAUCAGGACGCGUUGAUGCGGACAGCAUAUGAAAAGGUCUGGGAAUUUGCUUAAUCAUGUAUUUAACUAGUAACUUUAUGUUAUGCCUUCAAUAGGCAUGUUUUCUGCAGAACAGCAAUGUUGCUUUGUUUAUUAACUAAACCAGGAAUUAAGGAAAAUUGGCAACCAUAAAAAUUAUCCGAGAUAUAUUUUCAAUUUGCCGGUUUUGGCUUCAAAUUCAAAAUUCAUUAAAAAAAAUCCCAAAUAUUAGGUCAAAAUCGCCAAUUUUGACCUAAUAUUUGCAAUUCUCCACUUUAAAGAAUUUAUUUUUUAAACCAGUUACUUGCUUCUCACAGUGAAGAUGUUGAUAUAUUGGCGAGUUGGCCAAAAUAUAGGAAAAAAAAGCAUUAUUAUUGUAAAGUGGCUCCGUCACCUCUGCUCACUUUAUGAGUAUUCCAUAGAGACAAACAUCUUAAAAUACUGGUGUUGAUUGUGUUGUAAUUCAGUUGAUAUUUCAACACAAAGUAGGGACCAUUUUUUCUUAUAGGCAAGGCUGCCAUCAGAAUUGUUGCUAAGGCUAAUUUUCCAAAAGGGCUUACAGUGCAUAGAGAGAAUAACAUGGACCGUGUUCUGGGAAUGCAAUGAAGUUAAUGACGUUCACACGGUAAAGCCUUCAAUCUGAUCCUUCCUGUUCUAUGUUCUCUUCUUUCCCCUUUCUCUGUAGACUACGCACUGAAGCUUUGCAGAAGUCGUGACCACAUCCUGUUGGAAUCACUUGAUCAUCUCAGUGUCCCCCUGACCUAUUACAGAUUAAUCAUCUAGUGUGACUGCUUCAAAAGUCAAAGCCUCACUGAGCUAUGUGUGUCUCCUUUGGCUCAUUAAACCUUCAGGAUCAAAUCCCCAAUUGAUGCAGCUUAUCUCCUGUUUGGUAAAGGGAAUUUGUCAUUGAACAUGCGCAGUCUUAUUUCUGUUAAGCAUGUAACUCAGUGAUGGCUAAUUUUUGGAACUCCAGCUUAAGUGUCUGUACAUCAUGUGAAAUGUAAGUGUGAGAACUGAUUAGGGAAAUACAAAUUUUAGGCCAAAAUUGUCAGCUUGGAAAAAUUUAGUAUUUUUCCACUUGGUCUAAAAAUUGCAAUUCACUUCUGCACAAUUCCUGGUUUAAUGAAUAAAUACCUUUAGCAUACAAGCUUUACAGGUUAACCAUAAUGUCCGUGCUUACUUUACAUGGUCUA